AUGUCGGCAGAUCCGUACAACUGUGGCUAUGUUCGCACACGCCCAAGCAGCAGUGUGGUAGCAGGCAUCUUCGCGCUGAACAAAUGCGAGCCCAUCUUCUACAACGAGACCAUCAGUGAUUACCAAGAUGCGUUCGCCUACACACUUUACGGAGGCUGCAGCUGCCGCUUCUACACACUCGAAGAGGACUGCUCAAUAAGCUCUCCCGUACCUGUAUACACAGGCUCGACUGAUCGAUGGAGAGAGCCCCUAUUUGCAGACCCGAGGCCAACCUGGUACAACUGCCACGAGAGCAAGUAG